AUGACACAACCGAGAAAUGACAAUUCCAAAGAAGCACAGCAAGAGCAAGGAGAACAAGAGCAAAUCGUUAGGAAUGGCAGCAGCAAUGAAUUCCCUGCAGAAGCGAUGGUACUGAGAACACAUAGCAACAGCGAACUCUUUGUAAUUGAAUCCGAUUCCACUAACCGCCUAACGUUUGGUCAAGGCAAUAGGAAUAUAGCGAACGAAAUUCAAACAUUGGCUGCGAACGUAGCUGCGGAUUCCGUUGGAGCCUUUAGUGUGGACGACGUUUUGAUAUUGCAUUACGAGCCCAAUAAUAAUAACAACAGCAGCCUGUUGCAAAAUAUGAGCAACCAUAACAACAACAGUGUUGAUAAUCAACUCACACACUUCAGUGGCAUACUUAUAAGAAACAAGAACAACAACAAUCUACGAAGUUGUAAUCGUUUCGAUCGGGAACAAUUGGACACUUAUCAACCAAAUGAAGGCCAAUCCUCCAAUUCCGGUAAUUUUGAUACCAGCAUUUCCACAAACAACGCUGACAACUUGCCAAUGCGCGAUGACGAACCACCGGUUGAACUAGAAUCGGAAGCUGAUGACGAGGUCGCAGAAAGUGUAGCAGACGAAAGAAUCAACGACAAUGGUAGUGAGCUCUCGACAAUCGAUUUGACCACACAAAAUAAUAUUGGCGGCCUUGUGGAUGCUGAACUUCAAAAUAUGGAAUUUAAUAGACGUGGUCGUAAUCGACCCUUGCGUCACGGAUGGAGUAGGCGUAGACAUCGUGGAAGAAAUCGGCGUCAUCCAUACCGAAGGAAUCAAAUCGGUCGCACUCUGAGAAAAAUGAAUACUAUUUUGCGGAAAACCGCCUUGACAUUAGGACUUCUUGAGUCACUGAUUUUACAACAACGUGGCUGA